ACCCUCCCCCAAACCCCCUAACUCUCUCUCAGCACUUUUCAUCUUUUCCAUUCAUUCCCUCCCCUUCCACUUUCUCUCUUCCAACAACACACAAUUUUUGUUCAUUUCAUACCAAAUUGUCAUUAAUUUUGAGACCAAAAACAUGGACAACCAACGCACUCCUCUUCUUAGUUGGGCUUACUACUGCCACGGCAAGUCAGUGGAGGAGCUGAAGCAGUCUCUGAUGUACACAACCCUUGAGCUGGAACAAACAAGAGCAGGUGUCCAAGAAGAGCUAAGGAAAAGAGACGAUCAGCUUCUCACCCUAAAGGAGCUUCUGAACAAAGUGAUAAGGGAAAGAGAUGAAGCUCAAGAGAAAUGCCAGAGACUACUAGUGUUGGAGAAAAUGGUUUUUCAUCAGCAGCACCAAACAGCACCUGCUUCUGGAGUUUCCAGCAUUGAGGAUGAGCCAAGAAGAGGAGGAAUUAAUAAUGAUUCCUCCAAUAAUGGCCUCUCUUCAUCUGAUUGUGAAGAAAGCAUUGUUUCUUCUCCACUUAUGGAGCAUUUGCCGCCACAACCGCAUCAUCAUGCGGGUCCUUCUUCUCAGCUGCAGCAACAGUUGCCAGAAUCAAUGAUUGAGUUAAUUUCACAAGAUAAACCGUUGCCAGAAAAGGGUAAGCUUUUGCAAGCAGUGAUGAAAGCUGGUCCUUUGCUUCAGACACUGCUUCUUGCAGGACCACUUCCUCAAUGGAGACACCCUCCACCCCCUCUUGAGUCCUUUGAGAUUCCACCUGUCACCAUUCCUUCACCACCACCACAACAACAACUUCAUCAAGAUUCCUUCAUCACCUCCAACUGUGGGAGAGUAAGUAGGAAAAGGGUUUUCUUUGAGGGCACUGAUUCUCCCACACAGAACAAGUUCCAAAGGAUUGUACUCCACUGACAACUACUACUAAACUGUUACUAAAGUCAGUUUUAUUUAUCUAUUUUUAGUUUUUUAAUUUAUAAUAUGAUUUAAAAAAGGUUAGGAAGAGUAGCAAGGUGGUGUUUGAUUCGACUGAUCUAGUGUUUAAUGUACAGUGGUUUUGUUUUUAACUCGGUGGGAGGAAAAGAACUGAAGGAAAAAAGGUUUGAUUUUGGGUUUCUGCUGGUGAUGUUUUUGGUGGAUGAAGAAUUUGUCCCUGGCUGGCAUUUUUGCCCUUUUCACAUUCUCCUUUUGUUUUGUGUGAAGUGAAAAGGGUCACUACUGAAAUUGUAAUGUAACUAGGAUAUUACUACUACUGUAGUGCAGUGAAUGAUGAGUGUGUGUGUUAGGGUGAGAGAGAGAGAGAGAGAGAUUGGUGUAUUAGAUCACAUCAACAAUUAAGGGGAUGGAUGAUUUGGGUGUGUAGUCGUUGGAGUUGGGGGAUGGUGUGGCCAACCACCAAGAGGGACGGCCAUUAGUUCUGUGUGUCGGGGUAGGUGGGACCCACAAAUCAGAAUCAGGAUCUAUUACUGGUGUGGUGUAUGAUUAUAUUAAGCUUUUUUAGAGAAAGUUAUCAUUAUUCACUUCUAAUCC